GCACUGUGCUCAUUUCCAAAAGCUGCCACCAAGAUCCUCCCAAGAUGAAGGGCUUCUACUUCCUCCUAGUCACCACCAUCUUCCUGAUUAUGAUCCAGAUACAGAGUGGAAUCUUGGAAAACAGUUCCGCACCUACCACCAGUGCCACCGCCAAACCCGCCAAAUUCGCCAGAUCCGCCACCUCUGCCGCCUCUGCCAACUCCGCCAAACCCGCCAAAUUCGCCAGAUCCGCCACCUCCGCCGCCUCCCCCAAACCCGCCAAAUUCGCCAGAUCCGCCACCUCCGCCGCCUCUGCCCACUCCGCCAAACCCGCCAAAUUCGCCAGAUCCGCCACCUCUGCCGCCUCUGCCAACUCCGCCAAACCCGCCAAAUUCGCCAGAUCAGCCACCUCCGCCGCUUCCGCCGCCUCCCCCAAACCCGCCAAAUUUGCCAGGUCAGCCACCUCCGCCGCCUCCCCCAAACCCGCCAAAUUCGCCAGAUCCGCCACCUCCGCCGCCUCCCCCAAACCCGCCAAAUUCGUCAGAUCUGCCACCUCCGCCGCCUCCGCCAACUCCGCUUGA